AUGAAUGCACAGAGCUCCCGAAGUCACAGCCUCUUCAUUGUUCAAAUCAGCCAGCGCAACGUGGAUACGGGACAGGCCCUUGAUGGGCGUCUGAACUUAGUGGAUUUGGCAGGCAGCGAAAAGGUUUCAAAAACCGGCGCCGAAGGCAAUACACUGGAUGAAGCUAAAAUGAUCAACAAGUCCCUCUCAACGCUGGGCAACGUCAUUAAUGCCCUUGUUGAGGGGAGCGUAAGUCUUUUUUUAUGCCCGGCACCCUACAGUAGAUUCCCUAUAUCAUUAAAUGUCACCUGGAAUUCUCAAAAUGCGUUUUCUAUUCAAACAUCUUAA